AUGACUGACAUACUUUCCCUGGAAGGAGCAGCAACACAGCGUGCUCCAUGCAGACCUGCAGCUACCGAGAAGUUUAUGAAUCCCAAAAGACUGCAGAGGGAAGAAUCCAAAGCUGCAAGGCUGCUGUAGCAGCUGGACAGAGCUGAAACCACCAGUUAUAAACCGGCUAAUCACCCAUAUAAUGCUGACUGGGAAGAAACAGCACGGGGGAUGGCAACGUAG